UAUUCAUUCUGCAUUUAUGCUAGCGUAAACAUUUGCAACAUGUUACCCAAUGAUCGGCCUGUUUUUCUCGUUACCAUGGAAAUUUGGGUUUAGUAUAGACCACCGAAAAUAUCACAAGCGGCUUCUGAACACUAAAAAUCUGGCCAUGGGGGGAAAACAAGGCAAGUGAAAACGUACGGUAUAUAGGGCCUUGCGCCGAUCGAUGGUCCCGACCCGAUCGCUUGGGAUGCUAUUAUUAGUUUAAAAUUGAUUCGUAGUUGUUUUUGCUAUUUACUUAUCAAUAUGGGAAAGAGUAACAAAGCCAAACGAGAAAAGAAGGCAGAUUUUACUAAAGUGAAAUUGAAGGUUGGGAAGAAGCUUCCAAAAGGUCAGAACCUAACAGACACCAGCUUCAAGUCUAAGAAGAUUGUGAUCGGCAAUCAACUUAAGAAGCAAGAUAAUGAAACACCUGUAACGAAGAAGAAACUCUCCUUGAAGGAGCUGCUGUCCCAUCUUCAGCACUUUAGCGUGUAUGUGCGCCAGGAUGGUCUGAAUGGGCUGCGGGAGCUUCUGACUGCGCACCCAGAGCUGGUGGUGCCCUCUCUUGGCCAGAUACUGCCAGCUCUGGCUGGACUGCUAGUGGACGAGGACUACCAGCUGCGCACAGACACAGUCAAGCUGGUGACUGAGAUCAACGAGCAGGUGACGGAGGCGCAGAUCGCGCCAUUUUUCCCGGCGCUGGUGACGCACCUGACCUGCGCCAUGACGCACAUCCGCGCCGCCGUGCAGCAGAGCUCGCUGCCCUUCCUGGCCACCCUGCUGCGCCGCUUCCCUGCCCUACUCUCCGCCUCAGUAGACCUGCUGCUGCCCACACUGUUGGAGCAGAUCUCCCGCUCCGGCGGCGGCGGCGGGGCGCGCGCGCUGCUCGCCGACCCCGGCAGCAAGCUGUCGGCUGCCAGCUGGCGUGUGACGGUGCUGAAGCAGCUGGCGCAGCUGCUGUCCGCCCAGCCGGCCGGCGGGGGCGGUCACAGCGCCGGUCCGAGCCGCUCCGUACCGGUGGCGGCGUUCUGCCCGGUGUACCGGCGAACAGCGGCGGCGACCGAGGAGGCCCCGCUGCUAGCGCCGCCUACCGGCCAGCAGCGCAGACUGCUGAGCGAGCCCGACUCCUGGAGAGAGUACUGUGACGGCCUGACGCACGUGCUCUUCCAGGCAUACGCCGAGGUGGCGCCCGACGCAGACAAAGACGGAAGCCUUCUCUCAGACGAGGCUGCGGAGACGCUGGCGGCCGUGCUGCAAGUGCUAGUGGAGAUCCUCCGUCAAAUGAGGCACUUGGACGCCACCAAAAACACAACCCUGGUGGCCAGGUUCACAGAAACCUACUACCCCGAUCUCCGGCGGCACGUGUUCGCUUCUUUCCCCUUCUCUCGGCUGGUGGGACGCCGAAAGAAGUCCGUCCCCUCUGCGAGCUCCUCCUCAGCGGGGCCCUCGGCACCCUCCGAGCUGGGCAGUGACGUCAUCAAUGCGCUGGUGUGCGAGCUGGCGGCUAGUCUGGCCGAGGACGAGACGACGGCGCACUUCCGACACAGCGUGCUCGACUACCUCACUGCGUAUCUGGAGUCGGACCGCAGUGGCGAGCUGGACCGCGUGUGUCGUCUCCUGGCGUCCCUCCUCUGUCCCGCCGCUGGCCCGGCCGCUGACGGGGAUCUGGAGCGUCAGCUGGCCUGUGUGCGGGCGGCCUCGGAGCGCCACCAGAGGCUCCACCCGGCCGGACAGGGUCAGGAGCUGACCCACCUGCUGGCCACGCUCGUCACAGAGCCCAGAUACGACCGACUCGCCAGGUCGGAGGAGGUCGAGGACUGGGCCGUCCGCCUGCUGCCCUCACUGCGGCCCGGGGACGGCGGCAGCACCCCCGAGCUGCUGAACCUGCUCCGUCGGAUGGCCGCCAUGGGUCGGCACAGGUUCGUCUCCGCCCUGAGAGAUCAGGCAGCCGACCUACUCGGCGCGGCCGCCGCAGCUCAGGGCGACGCGCAGUGGCAGCGCGGCGUAGUAGAGCUUCUGUUCUGGCCGGCAGAUGUCGCGCCGGACGCUAAAGCGGCGUUCGCUGCGUUCCUGGGGUCGCAGGGUGUGAAUGAUGCUGUGAAACGGUACGCGGAGGAGGUACUGCAGGACAGGUACGGGCAGGGGACGCCGGUAGUCGCAGCUGCUUGAUCUAAGACAAUGUGGCCAAGACCAAAUAUAUGCUCUAUCGUUUUC